CAAGCUCUGCGGAAAGGACUCAGCGUGUUUCACUUGCAUGACCCAGGCAGCCUACAAGCGUCAGAGGCUCCAGAUUCUGAAGAGUUCGGUUCUCUGGCCAAGAUCGAACUGCGCCAUGGAAGCGCCUGAGGAAAGCGAAGCUGACCCGAGCGCUGUGUCAGCUUAUGCUGAAUGGCUGGUGAACUGCCUCACCGAAAGCCGCCAACGGGAGGAGAUCCUCUCGAAAGAGGUCACAGCUGUGCGCGAGGCAGCAGCUGUGGGUGCUACCGCCCUGGUCGAACUCCGUGGAGCUGUGCAAGCCCAGCUGGACUCGAUUGCGCGGAAGCUGCAGAGCCUGCAGCAAGAAUUAGAAUCCACCAAGCUGGAGUUGGCUGAGGUGGUGAUUGCAAAGGAGGAAGAUGGCUUGGAGCUGAAACAGGAAGUGGAAGUCUUGCGAAAGAACGUUGAAACCCAGAAGGGUCUUCAACACACGCAGGAGUCCCACAUCGAUGCCCUGGAGAAAAAGCUCUUGGAGGCAUCGGAACGCGAAGCUCAGUUCAAGCAACACCUGGAGGCCAAGGUCGUAGCAGCUGAGGAUCGUGUGCAGAAGGCUGAGGGUGUUCAAAGCCAACUGUCACAGAGGGUGGAGGAGUGUGUGGUGGAAAGCAAGAUGAACUCUUUGUUCGAGAUGUUCGACAAGUCAAUGAAAGCGCAGCUCGCAGAGCUUCGACAAGCCCAAGUCGACCUGGAAAUCAUGCAACAGAGGAGCGCGCAGUUCAAGGAGGAGGGUGUCCGUCGUAUCGUUGGUAUGGUGGAGGAGCACGAUCGAAAGCUUCUGGGGCUGGAUCAGAGGCUCUCCGUGUUGGAGGAAACGCAGCAAAGAACUGACCAAGAUUUGGAGCAAAUGCGCGCUGAGAUCCAAGACAAUGUGCAGGAGAAGGACAAGGAAGCUCUGACAACACCCAAGCAAGGGUCAGUGAAGAUCCCUUCCGACACCGAGAGCCGCCAUGCCAGCGCCGGUCGUGGCAUUGCCAAAGCUGAGCCACACACUCCGGCCUCCAUCUCCGCUCCAGUGCCAAGUGUUAUGACCAUGGGCGUGACACCGCCCACCGCUCCGGCUGCACCAACGCCUGCGCCGGCGCCGGCGCCUGCAACAAUGCCCCUCACCUUGGUGGCGCCGCAGAAUAUGGUGCCAACCUUCACCACCGAAAGUUGGCGGUACUCCCAAGCGCCACAACCGCAGUCAAUUUGGGCUGUCAGUGCUGGCACAGGCAGUGUCCGUCGCCUUUCAGUCAUGGGCACUCAUACGACCUACGGAUGAGAGCGCCCUUGCCUCGCGUGAAAAACA